AUGUCCCACGACAUUAGCAAGGCCGCCGUCGCCGACAUUUACGCUGAAAAAGGCACCACCCACGCCGAAGACGUCGUCGCCGAGCGCGAUCUCGAGUCGCGCAUCCGCAACCCGCUCGACGGCAUCCCCCGCGAUGAGCUCAUGCGCAAUGUCGACGACUUUGCCCGCUCACGCGGUCUCUCUGAGCACAUUUCCAUCCUGCGCAAAGGCGCCCUCGUCGCGCAGAACCCGACCGACAUUGACCGGAUUGACGGCGAUGAGGCUCUGACGACUGAGGAGCUCGCCGUCUUGGAACGCGAGAGCAAGAACAAGUGGACCAUGCCCGCGCGCCUGUUUUGGACCAUUGCCAUGUGCUCGAUUGGCGCGGCCGUUCAGGGCUGGGACCAGACGGGUGCCAAUGGCGCAACCAUCUUCUUUCCGAGCUACUAUGGCAUUGGCGGUGACAGCGCGCGCGAGCAGAUUCUCGUCGGUCUCAUCAAUGCCGCUCCGUAUAUUGGCAGCGCCUUCAUAGGCUGCUGGCUCUCCGACCCCCUCAACAACUACUUUGGCCGCCGCGGCACCAUUUGGUUCUCGGCGCACUUUUGCAUCUGGCCCGUCAUCGGCUCCGCCUUUUGCCACACCUGGCAGCAGCAGCUCGCGUGCCGGCUGCUCAUGGGCAUCGGCAUGGGCGCCAAGGCCUCGACGGUGCCCAUUUACGCGGCCGAGAACGCGCCGGCCUCGAUCCGCGGCGCCCUCGUCAUGUCCUGGCAAAUGUGGACGGCCUUUGGCAUCAUGCUCGGCACCGCCUUCAACCUGGCCGUCUUUCACGUCCCCCACAUCAACUGGCGCCUGAUGCUCGGCGCGCCGUUUAUCCCCGCCGUGCCGCUGCUGGUCGGCAUCUAUCUGUGCCCGGAGUCGCCGCGCUGGUACAUGAAAAAGGGCCGCUUUGCGGAUGCGUGGAAGGCCAUGUCGGUGCUGCGGCACAAUGAGAUUCAGGUGGCUCGCGACAUCUUUUACAUUGGCACGCAGCUCGAGAUUGAGGAGCAGAUUCUCAGCAAGACCAACUAUGUCAGCCGCUUCGCGCAGCUCUUCACCGUCACGCGCGUGCGUCGCGCCAACCUCUCUGCCUUUGUCGUCAUGAUUGCCCAGCAAAUGUGCGGCAUCAACAUUAUUGCCUUUUACUCCACCUCCAUCUUCAAGGAGUCGGGUCUUCCCGAGUUCAAGGCCAUGAUUGGCUCCUUUGGCUUCGGCCUGGUCAACUGGCUCUUUGCUUUCCCGGCCUUUUGGACCAUAGACACCUUUGGCCGCCGCAGCCUGCUGCUCUUUACCUUUCCCCAGAUGUUCUGGACGCUGCUCGCCGCCGGUCUCUGCACCCUCAUCGACAAGGAUUUGGGCGACCUCCGCACCGGCCUCGUCUGUCUCUUUGUCUUUCUCUUUGCCGCGUUUUAUUCCCCGGGCGAAGGCCCCGUGCCCUUUACCUACAGUGCCGAAGUCUACCCGCUGUCGCAUCGUGAGACGGGCAUGGGUUUCGCCGUCGCCACCUGUCUCUUCUGGGCCGCCGUCCUGGGCACGUCUUUCCCUUUUCUGCUGCACGAGGCCAAGCCCGUUGGCGCGUUUGGAGUCUACGCCGGCUUCAACGUCGUGGCGUUUGUCCUCAUCUUUCUCUUCGUCCCCGAGACCAUGCAGCGCUCGCUCGAGGAGCUCGACUGGGUCUUUGCCGUCCCCGUCCGCAAGUUUGCCCACUACCAGGUGACGGUCGCCCUGCCCUGGUUCUUUAAGCGCCACGUGCUGCUGCAGAAGAAUGCCACCAAGCCGCCGCUCUACCACUUUGAGGUGGUGGAGCAGGCCAAGCAUCAAGGUCGCAACUCGGCUCCCCUGACGGGUUCGGAUGAUGAGAAGCGCUCUUACUAG